AUGGACCUGGAAGCGAUGUGGGCGGGUCUGGCCAACGGCACCUUCACCACCGUCAGCAGCGACCAUGCGCCGUCCAAGCUCGACCACCCGCUCGGCAAGAAGAAGGGGACAUUCACUUUCACGCAGAUCCCCAACGGACUGCCGGGGCUGGAGACGCGGCUGCCGACGAUGUUCUGCGGAGGGGUGCUGUCGAGGCGUAUCUCGAUCCAGAAGUUCGUUGAACUGACGAGCUCGAACCCAGCCAAGCUGUACGGGCUGGGCAGCACCAAGGGCACAAUCCAGCCAGGUUUCGACGCCGAUCUGACGAUCUGGUAUCCCACGCUCGAACAGGCCAUCGAACAUGGCACCGUUCCGACUGUCUCACACAAUGCUGCACCACGACAUCGAUUAUACCCCAACCGAGAUGCAGGCGGCGUGGUGGGCAGCAAAGCCGACGGCGAAAUUCCUGAAACGGGGCGCGAGUUCCUUAAGCCGGCCACGAGAGGUGUUCGUCAACGAAUGCCACCCGUACCUGUAGUUAGCAGACAGAUGAAAUCGAGCAGGAGUGUUGCGUUGUAUAAGAUCGUUCUUUAA